CAGCGCUCACCGAAGCAGAAAGGCCGCGACCCAAAGCAAAGCAGAGCUCGAGCUCCGCUCUCCAGUCUUCCCACCGCCCGCCAACCCCGAGAUAUACCUCCCUUCUUCCCGAAGCUUCGUCCCCCAGAGACAGACGACAUUACUGGCUCUGCCUCGGCGCGGGUGCCGGUGGUUGCCAGUGGCGGUGGGUGGGUGGCCCGGUGGUGGCGCUGGGAUGCUCGCCGCGACGGCGACCGCCGCCCGCCUCCUCCGCCUGCCGCUGGUCGUAGCGGCCCACCGCGCGCCCGACUCGACCCGGCCCCGCCCCGAUUGCCGCCGCCGCCGCCACUGACGGACGACCGCCCCGCUUGGCGCCCGCCAUGGACGCCUUGUCCCGCCCCGCCGUCGUCAUCGACAACGGCACCGGGUACACGAAGAUGGGGUUCGCGGGGAACGUGGAGCCCUGCUUCAUCACCCCCACCGUCGUCGCCGUCAACGACUCCUUCUCCGCCUCCGCGCAGCCGGCGCCGAGGGGCGCCCCCGCCAAGGGGAACUGGCUCGCUCAGCACAGCGCCGGCGUCAUGGCCGACCUCGACUUCUACAUCGGGGAGGAGGCGCUGGCGCGGUCCCGCGCCAGCAGCACGUACAGCCUCAGCUACCCCAUCCGCAAUGGCCAGGUGGAGAAUUGGGAUACUAUGGAGAGGUUCUGGCAACAGUGCAUCUUCAAUUACCUGCGGUGUGAUCCGGAAGAUCAUUACUUUCUUUUAACUGAGAGCCCUCUGACUGCUCCUGAGACUCGGGAGUACACUGGGGAGAUCAUGUUCGAGACGUUCAAUGUGCCCGGUCUCUACAUUGCAGUCCAACCGGUCCUUGCGCUAGCUGCUGGGUACACUACCACCAAGUGUGAAAUGACAGGUGUUGUAGUUGAUGUGGGUGAUGGAGCUACCCACAUUGUUCCUGUUGCUGAUGGUUAUGUCAUUGGAAGCAGUAUCAGAUCUAUUCCGCUCACAGGCAAGGAUGUUACCCAGUUUAUCCAGCAACUCAUGAAGGAAAGGGGUGAGAACAUUCCACCUGAAGAAUCUUUUGAUGUAGCAAGGAGGCUUAAAGAAAUGUACUGCUAUACUUCUUCAGACAUUGUGAAGGAAUUCAAUAAGCACGACAGAGAGCCCUCAAAGUACAUUAAACAUUGGACUGGCAUCAAACCAAAAACUGGAGCAAAAUACACAUGCGACAUUGGAUAUGAACGAUUCCUGGGGCCUGAGAUAUUCUUCAACCCGGAGAUUUACAACAAUGACUUCACCACUCCUUUACAAGUUGUUAUUGACAAGUGCAUUCAAUCAUCCCCAAUCGACACAAGGAGAGCUCUGUACAAGGUAUGUAUGAUCAGAAUUAUGUUUUUUUUUCGGGUUCUAAGACAUUACACUAAGUUUAAAUUAUUCCCACUGGCACAGAAUAUUGUCUUGUCUGGAGGAUCAACUAUGUUUAAGGAUUUCCAUAGGAGAUUACAACGGGACCUGAAAAAGAUAGUGGAUGCACGGGUCCGUGCAUCUAACACUCGGCUUAUUAGUGGGGAUCCAAAGGCCCAACCUAUAGAAGUGAAUGUGGUCAGUCAUCCUAUUCAGAGAUAUGCAGUAUGGUUUGGCGGUUCUGUGCUUGCUUCUACUGCAGAAUUCUACGAGGCUUGCCACACAAAAGCAGAAUACGAAGAGUAUGGUGCGAGCAUCUGCCGAACAAAUCCUGUUUUCAAAGGAAUGUAUUGAACAGAGCCCCAGUGCAUUAAACCGGAGAGCAAAUCCCCAAGCUGGACAUCACAAAAGUGUAACUCCCCAGUCCCCAUGCAAUCGACCGGUGCCUGCACAUCCCCUGCAAAAAUGGGGAGACUGACGGGUUGAGGAGGCCUGACGAGAGAUCCUGUAGAAGCCUUUGCCGCACGAGUUGUACAAACCAACCAAAAGUGCGCAUAGAUAGACCCAUACAUCAUCUAUAUAUUUCUGUUAGAUGCCGGCAACGGCUUUGUCACCAGCAUGGUCGCGCCCAAUCUGCCUGCUGCUGUACUAUAUAAUCUUUGCUAACUUGCGGCGCGUUGUAAUUUGUAGCGCCAACAUUGUUCUUCCUGGUGAUGCAGCUUUGCGCCUUGUAGAUCUACAUGUUGUUUCGUUUACAAUGUUCUUUCCCGGU